UUGGCGCACAGAAAAGAAGAGAAAAGAGAAAAAAGAAGAAGACGCAACGAGAAGCAGAGAGCAAGAGAGUUCGGUAAUCUGAAAUUGGAAAUUGGAAGAGAGAAAGAGAGAGAGAGAGAUGGAUGACUACACGCGAGAAAUGAUGGACCUCAAAACACUCGUCACUCGCACUCUCGAAAAGAAAGGCGUUCUUGCCAGGAUCCGCGCUGAACUCAGAGCUAGCGUCUUCGAAGCUAUCGAAGAAGAAGAUCGCGUCAUCGAAAAAGACCAAGGUUUGCCUCCUGCAUUGUUAGGUAGCUGCAACGAUCGCGCUAAACAGCUUCACGCUUCUCCUUCUGGUAGACUCCUUACUGCACUCAUAUGUGAAUACCUUGACUGGGCACAGCUCAAUCACACACUUAAAGUUUAUCUUCCAGAAUGUAAUUUGGAAAAGGAUUUUUGGAAGGCUGAGUUGAAAGAAUUUAGUAGCAAAAAUGGAUACGAUCUCAAUAGAAAUGGAGACAGUCCUGUACUUCUGGACGUGCUUGAAGGAUUCUUGAAAUUUGAGAACUUAUCCCAAGCAAGGGCUAGCGGUAGGAGGUUUACUACUUCAGAAACUGAACCUUUGCCAAACUCAGAAUCACGGAACAUGCGUAGGCAUUCAUCAUCAUCUGUUGCUGGUGGCUUACCUCCACUAGGAAGGGCUGUUCCUUCGUCACAGGCAUCUGAUAGAAGAGGAGGACCCUCCGUGUCCGCAUACAGGAAGGACGAGUAUAAUUGGCGAUAUGACAGCGAUGAACUUCCCGAUGAUGUAAUUCAAGCAUCAAGUGCUUUGGAAAAUCUUCAACUGGACAGAAAAGCUCGGAAUCUAACAUCAUCUUGGCGACACGCUGGUGAUGGAAUCAGUGAAGAUGAUGGCAGGGCUGAUCAUGUUUAGGGAGAGAUAUUGCUUGUAUGACCACAUUCUGCCCCUGUACUGUAUUGUGUAUUCUGAAUUUUCUACCUUCGGUGAUGAUUGAAUGAUCCCAGUUUAUGUAAGAUCGUUUAUAUUGAUAUGAUUUAGUGUUUUCUGUGAGUUUUUUCCUCUAACUUUUUUCUUUUGGGUCGUAUCUGAGAAUUUUAUCUUGAGUGUGUCGAUAAUGUUAGCUCAUGUUUGCCUAAGGAAUAGUCGCCAAUUAAGUGCCAUAUAUUGUUCAGCAUCUAGUCUUGUGGAAAAUGUUUUGCGAGAGAAAGCUUGUAAUCAAGGUAACCUUUCUUGCUAGGUUAUUUGGUUCUAUUGUAUUGCUUUAGCAGUACUAGAUUUUUGUUUGUUGACGAUGUCAGAAGAUGUGGUUCUGAGUCCUCCCAUUUUGGGUGCGUAUUUAAUGCAAGUCUCUUCAA